AAGCAAAACAACGAAGCAGGGAGGGGGAGCCGCUGCCAGAGCUCUGGGCUGAGACUCCUGCACUGAUCAGCGCUGCAUGAUGCAGACAACAGAGGAGAAGGAGGUGGAGGAGGAGGAGGAGGAGGAGGAGGAGGAGGAGGAGCGAAUCAGGGAAACAGACUGGCUCUCAGCUCUCAGCUCUCAGUCUCCCUUCAGUGCUUCGUAAAGCAGCUUCUCUCCGUUUCCGUCCUCUCUUCUCUCAUUUUUAAUCUCUCUCUAUCUCGAACGCACAGCGCUUUCUGUUUUCUUUUCUUUUUUUACUGCCUGAACUGACAACAGCAAACAGGGAGGGAAGCUUUUCUCGCUUGUUCAAACUACUUUCACACCAUGCUGCCCUGGAGGAGGAAUAAGUUUGUUCUGGUGGAGGAUGAAGGCAAGAAUAAAUCCAAGAGCCUGGGGACGGGGCUGACCUACCACUCCAUCCUCUCCUCACUGCUUCGCUCCUGUCCAGACCUGCUGCCCGACUGCCCCUUCAACUGGGUGGGCAGCAUUUUCCACACCAAACGGCAAAAGGUGGAACUGAACAAAGAGGAGCCUGUUUACAAUGUGCGCUACCUGGGAAGUGUGGUCACCAUCACGGCUAAGGGAGAGGGCUGCACCCAGGAGGCAGUUGCCAAGAUCUGGGCUCGGAGCAACUACGGGGAGCAAAGUGUCAAGAUGAAGUUGACCGUGGGGCCGCAAGGAAUCAGGAUGAGUGCAGACAAAUCUGGGAAAAAGAAACCCCUUCAUCACUUCUCUCUGAACAGAAUCACUUAUUGCACUGCUGACCCGUGUCAGCCCAAGAUCCUGGCCUGGAUCUACAGGCACCAGGUCAAAAACAUGGCCGUGGUGCUACGAUGCCACGCCGUGCUGGUAAGCAAGUCGGGGAAGGCUCGAGCCAUCGCGCACAGUCUCUACCAAAUCACCACCUCGGCCUUCCGCGAGUUCAAGCGGCUCAAGCGUCAGAGUGAUUUCAGGCACUGCCAGCAGCAGCUGCUGGGUGAGGAGGCGGUGCCCUUGAUGCCACUGAGGAGGCUGUUGAACGGGCAGUGCCACUACAGGCUGCCUGCUGAAAACCCCGGGAGUGCCACCCGCCUCUGCUCCAUUACAGAAGAGGAGGAGGAGGAGGGUGAGGAAGGGGAGGAUGACAUGGGCAGCAGAGAUAAAAUGCAGGAGUCACACACGGAUGAAGACAAGCAGAAACAGAAGGUUCUGGUCACAAACACAGAGCCGACCCAGUUGUUAUCGGAGCUGGACAUUGGGGAUAUUGCCCGACUGGAGCAGUGCCAGAUCAACUUUGUGAGUGACAGCAACAACAACACGUUUACAUUCAUCACCUCUCUGGUGUGACCGUAACGUCAACAGAAGAGAGCGA